CAGACUCCAGGACGCGCACACAGACGCAUCUCACAGGACGGGCACGGGCAGGGGGGGACACAGCCCGAACCUGAACCAAACUCAGUUUAUGGACUCAGAGGAGCGACACGGACCCACACAUGUUGCACGUCCGUUCAUCUCUUGAAGGAAUUUGAGGCAUGGCUUCAUCCGUGAGCGGCGCAGAGGAGGUCCGCGUGUCCGCGCUCACGCCCCUCAAGUUGGUGGGACUGGUGUGCGUCCUCCUCGCGCUGUGUCUGGACGUCGGGGCCAUGGUGAGCCCCGCGUGGGUCACCGCGGACGACCAGUACCACCUGUCCCUGUGGGUGUCCUGCUGGAAGCCCGUCAGCUCCGUGGACUGGUCCUGCAGCAGCACGCUGACCACUGACUGGCAGAUCGCCACGCUGUCCCUGCUGAUGGGGGGAGCGGCCCUCAUCCUGCUCUCCUUCCUCGUGGCGCUGGUGUCCCUUUGCUUUGGCUCCAGGAGUCGCUGCUACAAACCCGUGGCUGUCAUGCUGUUCUCUGCAGUUGUCCUUCAGGUGUGCAGCUUGGUCCUGUUCCCCAUCAAGUUCAUAGAAACAAUCAGUCUGAGGGUGUACCACGAGUUCAACUGGGGCUACGGCCUGGCCUGGGGAUCCACCAUUUUCUCCUUCGGAGGCGCAGUCCUCUACUGCCUGAACCCCAAGAACUAUGAAGAUUAUUAUUAAAAAAAACAUGAGAUAUGAGAAGAAACACAGAACUCUCAGUUUUACUGUGUCUGCAAAGAGUGUAUCUGUUCCACAGUGCAUAAUCACACACUGGAAGCAAGAACAAAAUCUUAUUGUUUGGACUGAGUUCUUAUUUGAUGCUGUGCUCCUACAGUCUUGAAGACAAUGAGAUAUUGCACAGAUGCCAAAUAACUUUCUUUAGAUUUAGCAAAUAAAAAUGAAUGCAAAACCAGAUAAGGGGAAAAUAACAUUUAGAAAUAUCCCCGAUCGUAUAAUUAUGUGCAACCUUCAUAUAGAUUUGGGCAGUCUGUACAGAACAGAUGGCGUUCCAGACCCCAUACCUGCACAAAGCGGCAGACUAAUAAAGACCAGAAUGAUGUAAUCUCAAGCCCAUGAUGUCCUGCUCAAGUGAUAUCCUGAGGAUCACAAAGCAAGGAAGUUGGGGUUACAUUCAACAUUUCCCCAGAGAUACUGCACACCUGGACUUCAGCCAAACCUUUUUCCUCCAACAGAGAUCAAGAUUUGUAAAAGCUUGGCUAUGAAGCAACUUUGCCUCCUGUCUUAUUGAGUUUAUUAAAAGCCUCCCGAGACACGGAUAAGGGCUUUCUAAAAGGGGAAAUGAAAAACAUUUCACAAGCAUGAAAUGACAGAAAGGUUUGCACAAUCCAUCACAGCAGCAAUUAGUCAAAUAUAACUUCAGUAAGUUUGGUGUAUCACAAGUAACUAUGCACAAUUUGUAUUAUGAAACAUUCCAAGAGGAAGAGUAGCAAAUGGACAAAUGAUCACGAGUGUUCAGUAAAUAAUCAGGCCACUCAGCAUGUGCUCAGUCCUUCCCAUGUGAUGUCUCCUUAUCUCCCCCCUCUAGAAGAAAUAUGAACACUUGUGUAAACAGAGAGCACAAUUAAAAUCAGCGGAGUCACUAUAGUUGAGAAAAAGGCUGCACACUUAUAUUUAAGGAACUAGUUGAGCAUUAGUGAUAAAGAACUGUGGAAUGGACAUGCACGCAUCUGUUCUUGUAAUGACCAACUUGUUCACAAACUUCCUCUUACAGAAAUGCUUCGAGUGUGUACAUGCCACUACUGUUUGCUUGCUGAUUAACAAUAAACA